UUUUAUUGCGUCCCCGUUCACCCCAGCUUGGAUAAGCUCAGAACUUUUUGCAAACAAUCUGUGAAUGAAGAGAGCUUCCUGCUGCUGCUAAGCACAAGGCAGCCCUUCCCUUCCUCCCCAGCACUCAAUGACCGGACAUGUGCUGGGACACAGCCUGCAGCACGCGUGUAUCCUGGCCAUAAGCAGAAAGCGGGGUGCAGGCUGGGGACCCCACUGCCCUCCUUCAUCUGCUGCACAGCCCUCAAAAACACAUCCUCUGCUCCCAGUGGCACUUGUUCCCAUGCUGUCCCAGCUGCCCAAAGCGGCCUCAGUCGCUCUGCAGUGCACAGAAGGACCCAUUGUCACUGCUGUGCCAGCCCCCGCCCCGGCGCCAGCUGCUGCAGGGACCGGGCGGUGGGUGGCAGAGAGCACUGGUGGCACCAUGGUGGCCACGCUGGUGGUGGCCCUGCUGCUCCUCUGCCUGGCUGCAGGGACAGAGGCCAGCCCGGAGCUCAGCGGGUACCUACGCAAGGUGCUGCGGAACCACACGGUGCACACGUGUGAUGGGGAGCAGCUCCUCAUCCUGUGCCCUCGCAAGACCACCAUCAGCAUCCUGGGUGCUUUCUACGGGCGCCGCGUGCCCAGCCCCAACCUGUGCCCCAGCCCCGGCAAUGUGUCCCAGGAGAGCACCGAGUGCAUGUCACCCACAGCCCACCUGAAGCUUCUGGCUGAGUGUCAGGACCAGCAGUGGUGCCAGUUCUCGGUGCACAGCCAGGUGUUCGGGCCGGAUCCCUGCCCUGGCACACACAAGUACCUCAUCGCAUCCUACAAGUGCCGGCCAGAUAACCAUCGGGUGAAGACAGUGUGUGAGAACAACGAGCUGAGGCUGCACUGCAGGCCAAAAUCCGUCCUGGCUAUUUACUCUGCACACUAUGGACGAUUCCUGAGGGGCAAACCUGAGUGCGAUGCCCCCAACGCUGGUGGACCCCAUAUUGAAUGCCUGGCCCCAGAUGCACUGCGGAGGGUUUCCAAGAAGUGCCACCGCAAAGGGAAUUGCACAGUGACUGCUGACCAGGCCAACUUUGGGGACCCAUGCCUGCCCGGCACGAGGAAGCAGCUGCGGGUGUCCUACACCUGUGUGCCCAAGCAGCUGCUGGAGGAGGUGGGCCCAGACACCUCGGAUCCCUUCCUGCUCUCAAACUACAUGCACGGUGGCUGGUACAAAGGGCCCAGGUUCUCCAGGCUCCGGGAAGACCGGAUGAUUUUUACUAGCUCCCUGGCAGCUUUUGCCCACCUCUGGGAUGUCCCUGAAAAAGUCGCUCUCUACUUUCUCUGCGGGGUGUCGGCGGGCCUCGCUCUGCUGCUGUGCAUCGUCAGCCCCAAGGCUGCCUUCCUGCGGGAGGCCAAGGAGGUUCUGCUGGGCCCAGGUGGCCGCUCAGAGGCAAGCAGGACCAAACUGCGGGAUGAGCAGGAUGAAGACCUGCCUGACGACAGCUCCUCCGACUCCUCCUUCCGCCGCCUCACCCGCGCCUACCGUGCCACUGAGAGCAUCUUCGGCCCCGAGCUGACGGCAGCCAUGGAGGGAGCGGCCGAGCAGCAGGGCCGUGGUGGAGAGGAGAUCUGGAUGCCCAAGGAAUCCAGUCCCUACACCAUCCAGAAGAUCAAAUCGGCCACCAAGUGAGGAGGUGAAGGACGAGGUGCUUUGCCAGAUGAUAAUUCUCGCUCCUCCUCUCAACCCUGAGGCUGUGCCAGGGCAGCAAUCCCAGAGCAAACACCUCCCAGCAGAUGCUUCUCAUCCUC